UUCUAGAUUAACUUUUGGAACGCAUAUUCAGAAAUUGAUAGACAAAUGUAGGAAAGGAAUGAAUGUUUUGAGGUGCUUGUCAGGAAUAGGAUGGGGGCAACGUGUCAGUCCCUGAAAUGAAUCUAUUGUGCUGUGAUCAGAUCAAACAUUGAUUAUGGAUGUCUAGUAUACGGUUCUGCGAGCAGGACAUUACUUAAAAAGAUUGAGGUAAUACAAAAUCAGGCUUUGCGGAUUUGUUGUGGUGCAUUUAGAUCAUCCCCGAUAGCCUCAUUACAAGUGGAAAUGGGAGAAUUGCCCCUAGAACUACGCAGGUUCAAGCUCAGACUAAGGUACUGGUACGGUGUAAAGGGUCAUCUGGAAAAUCAUCCGGUUAGACUGAUUUUGAGAGAAUGUUGGGAAUAUGAGUGCAGGGAAAUAUCAAGCUUUGGUUGGAUAGUAAGGAAGGAGGUGGAUAAGUUGGAGCUGAAAAAUCAUGAAAUUGCUCCUUCUGUGGCUUUACCAGCAAUUCCACCUUGGUUGUUUCAUAACCCUGUGAUAGAUCUACAAGUUACGAAGUUAUUGAGUAAUCCGGGGAUGAAUGUGCCAAUUGAACUAAUAGUUCAGCAGUACAUCACUCGAGAGUAUUAUGGUGCACUGCAGGUAUUUACGGACGGCUCUAAAGACCCAGAAUCUGAAAGGACUGCAGCAGCAGUAUAUAUACCUGCUUUUGAGAAAAAGAUUGCAAAAAGACUUUCAGAUCAGGUGUCUGUUUUUGCUACUGAACUUUUAGCAAUCAUACUGGCCCUACAGUGGAUAGAAGAAGUCCAACCAGAAAGAACGGUGAUCUGUAGUGACUCGAUGGCAGCCCUCACUAGUUUAAGAAGUGGUAAAUCCGAAUCGAGGCAAGACUUAAUAUUAGAAAUUUUACAAAGUCUGUUUAGAAUUAGGCAGCUGAGGGUGGAGGUAAAUUUUCUUUGGGUACCUGCUCAUGUUGGUGUGGGUGGAAAUGAAAUGGUGGACAUGCUAGCAAAGAAAGCGCUUAAUCAUUCCCUGAUAGACAUCAAUGUAGCGUUGAGUAGAGCUGAAUUCAAGGCAGUGAUUUCAUCUGAAGUGUGUAAAAGAUGGCAGGAAGUAUGGAACAGUGGGACUAAUGGAAGACAUCUUUUCCUGAUCCAGGAGAAUGUUGGGAAAGAGAGGAAAAGAUUGGGAAAUAGGAGGAAGGAUGUUAUCGUCACACGGCUAAGAAUUGGACACGCUGCAUUAAACAGUGAUCUCUUUAGAAUAGAUCAGUAGGUGGCGGUAAUGCACCUUUCGUUGGUCUGCCAAACCGCCAUAAAACACCACGAGAAGAAGAAGAAGAACAUUGUAAAUGUGAUAAACAAACACACGCUGAAAGAGCGAACAGACACUGUGUGGCUUCCUAAAAAAUGUUAAACCGGUAUGGAGAGUAUUAUACAAACCACCACUGACUAAAAGGGCAGGUGAUCUCCAGUGGAGAAUCUUGCAUGGUGCUGUAGCUGUGAAUGCCUUUGUUAAUAAGAUCAAUCCCACAACAUACAUACAUACAUACAUACAUUUCAGCUGGAUGUCCUGACAGUUGCUGCUCUUAUCGUUUCUUAUGCCUUCUUAUGCCUUCUGGACAGAAAUAUUUUGCUGUAUGUUGAAUGAUCAUCAACUCAACCCUGCCAAGACAGACGCAUAUAUAAUAAUUGCACUGUACUGAUCCUGCAGAUUUGCCCUGUACAACAUUAUGAAGAUAUAUGAUAUUCUUUCAGACUCUUUUGGGCCAUGCUACAGAACUCCCUGUCCAAGCUCUUGUUCUCUUCAAACUGGACUGUUGUAUUGCUCUCUUAGCAGACUUUCCAGCAUCUACUACCAAGCCUCUGCAGCUGAUCUUCAACAAGCUGAAGAGUGCACGUCACUUUUUUUAUUUUUUAUAUAAACUGCUGUGUCUACUGUUAGACUAACUUGGAUUUGGUAUGUUGCUUUGGAUAAAAUGUCACUGUAAAUGUAUAAAGGUAUACAGCAAUUGCCAUUGAAUGUGGGUAUUUAUGCAUGCUCUAACUUAUUUUCUCUAAUUGGAUUGUUCAUUUAACUUGACAUUCUGUUCAAUUAUUAAUACUGUGAAUGUGCAGGUUCCUUUUAUAAGUACAGAAUAUACAGUAGAGCUCAUUGCUCUACUGUCCAAAAAUGUAAACUGUAAUAUGUCUGGAAAAUGAACUAUUAAGAUGUAUCUACAGUCAUUUGUCUGUGUAUUAUGAAUUGAGUAUAUUUUUUAUACAAAAUUUUUUGAUUAUUGUAAUUAAUGAUAUCUGUAUUUAUACAGUAAAUGCCUUUUAAUUUACAGAGAUUAAAUAUACAACCCUUUUUCAAA